AUGAACGAGUCGUUCGUGACCGAGCUCGAGACUAGCGUGGCUGUUCCUGUGGAGGACGGCGACUUUCCAGCCACCACCCUCAACAAUCUCCUUGAUUCCCGCCUCGAAGCCAGUGCUGAUGCUGUGGCGUAUGGCAGUGUGGGAGCCAAUGGCGAGUGGGUGACCACGACGUGGGCCGAGGCUGGUCACCUUGUCCGCUCGCUCUCAAAGUCGCUGGUCUUUGCUGGGCUGGAGACUGGCGAUGUGUGGGCUGCGACGCUGCUGGCGGUUACCUCGCUGGGUGGUGUGGCUGUCGGCCUGUUUGAGGACGCCGACCUCGCCUCGCUCCACUGGCAGGUCAAGCACGCCGCGCCACGGUUUGUCUUUGUCCACGACGAGGCCGAGCUGGCCAAGAUCAAGUCGACGCCUGGCGCGUCGGACUUUGUCGAGGGCGUGGUGGUCUUUAACGGCGAGGUGGCCGAGGCCCGCCGGGGCUCGCUGCCUGCCGCUCCGCCUGCACUCCCGCUGGCGGUGGCCCAGGAUCCGGACGCGUCGUUUGAGGCUGGCGAGACCGUUGCCCACAAGCCGUUCCAGGUCUGGUCGUGGGCCACGUUCCUCACUCUUGGAGCGCACUCGAUCUCAAACGCGCUUGUCGAGCGCCGGUCGAGCAAGGUCGAGCCUGGCUGGACGGCCAUGCUGGCGUACACGUCGGGGACGACCGGGCCUGGGUGCGGUGCUGGCCCGACGGGCGACGAUCAUGUGGUGUCGUACAUGUCGCUGGCUCUGGUGGCCAACGCCGUCUUUGACAUCUUCUCCUCGCUCGUCACCGGCGCGGUGGUGUGGUUCGGGCCGGACGAUGCGGCGUCGUCGGCCAUCCUUCCUGUUCUGCAGGACGAUCUCGCUCGCGCGUGCCUGGCGGCGCCGACCGAGGUUGAAGCCUCGGUGCUGGGCCUCGACCGGUGCCGCUACGCGGCGUCGUCGGGUGGCUUUCUCCCGCCGCACAUCACUGAGUACUUUGCUGCCGCAGGCGUGUAUAUUGUGCAGAUUUACGGAACGGCCGAGACUUCGGGCGUCGCCGCUAUCUCGUCAGAGCUCUCGCCGCUGGUCUCGGUCGGCAUUCCGCUCGGCACGACAACGAUUGCGCUCGCGGACGAGAACGCCGACGGCGACGGUGUGCUUGCUGUCUCGGGCCGUACCGUCUUCAAGGGUUACUUUAAGGACGAGUCGUCGUCGCGGCGGCGUGUCCUCGACUCGGGCUUCUUUGUCACGGGCGACGUCGGCCGCAUGGAUGACGGCUACGUCUUUGUCCACGGAACCAAGAGCGACAUGAUCAAGGUUGGUGAGGACAACUUUGUCGCGCCUGCGCCAGUCGAGGCCCUGCUCAAGGCCCAGCUCCCCAUUGUCGCCGACGUGCUUGUCUUUGGCUCGCACCGUGACGCGCUCUGCGCCUUUGUCACCCUCAAAUCCGAGUCCGAGGGCUCCGGCCCGCCGUCGCGUGACAUCUCGCUCCACACCCACGCCAUUCUCGAGUCGCACGGCAUCGAUCUGGUCUCGGACGCCGUCACCGACGUCGCCGCUGACGCCCGGGUUAAGGCCCUUGUCGACCGCGCCGUCCGCGCCUACAACGACAGCCUCGACAAUGCUGGCUGCGCCGUCGCCCGCUGGACCUUUGCCCCGGCGCCGUUCUCGGUCGCCAAGCGGGAGCUCACCGCUUCAUUCAAGACCAAGCGCCGGGUCGUCCUCGACAAGUACGCCGCCCAGGCCGCCGCGCUCGCUGGCUCGCCGGCUGUGUCUGCCACCGCCAACUCGUACACCGGCCCGUCGACCGCAGCCUACACCGGCAACGACUCGAUGAUCGGAGUCGGUGGCGGACUCUCGUACCCGGCGCCGUGGCUCUCGUCGCCGAUGACCCGGCCGCGGCCGGCCGGCAUGUUUGGCGCCGGCUUUGGCUCGCCGUUUGCAUACGGCCUUGCCGGCCAGCAGCCGCUCUCGCCGCUGCACCUCUUCAUGUCGCCCGGCGGCUACCGCAGCCGGCCCUCGCGCCUCGACGACGACGUCGACUCGGACUCGGACUCGGACGAGUGA